UACCUUCUAGAUAACAUCCUCUUCAUUUAUGGAGUUAUUAUCACCCCCCUGUCCCUGAGAGCAAAAUUCAGCAAGAUUUAUAGUGUGAGCUAUCAAUAGGACCAGAAUCAGCUUUACAAUGAGCUCACCCUAGGACUCAGAGAAGAGUAUGACAUUUUAAAUAAGAGAAGAGGUCAUGGCCCAGAGAUUGGAGGGAAAGAGAAAAGGAAGAAACCAUAAGAACUGUACAUAUCACUGUGGAAAGACAAGAUGGUGGAACAUAAAGAGAUUGCAAUGAAAGAUGAUUGUCAGCAGAGAUGAGAUAAAGGAAAUGAUAGUGUGUACCAAGGUCUCAGCCAGCCACUGAAGACACCUAUGAUGGCCCCCACCAUACAGCCCCUGCCUCCUCAUUAA